GUAUCAGUCGUUCCCUCGCAGGAUGUUGGCGUUGUCAGUCAUCUUCGUCCUGCAAGCGGUUCAUCUUUCGCCCAUCCACCGUUUUCAAAGGCCGAGCCAAUCGUUCACCGUCUGGUUUCUCUGAGGUUUACUGGAGUGCUUCUUCAUCUCAUCUUCCUCUUCCUCCUCCCCCUCACGGUCUCAGAGCGCUGGCCUGAAGCGUGAGAAGGUUCCAGCUCACUGAGCAGCCAGCCUGCAGUCCUACUCUCUUCAAGAAGAGGGAAGGGACACUGUGUCAAUGUUGGUUUAAACAUGAUGCCUCCGUGUUCCAGCUGCGCUGGAGUCGGCCUAAUUGUGGACCGAGCACAACGCGUCUUUUAUUAACCUGACAUGCACAUUUUUGGAAUGUGGGAGAAAGCCGCAGUACGCGCAGGCAAUACAGGUCUUCACUUCACCUACCUUGCGUGUUUUGGGGACGUGGGAGGAAAAUGGAGUAUGUGGAGAAAACCAGCGGACAUGCAGGGAGAACAAGCAAACUCCAGAAAGUACUGGAUAGAAGAUCGGCACAAACUGCUACGUUUAGAACCAUGGACAGCUCUCCAGACGCAUGCGGCAGAAUCUUCCGCCUCCGGCGAGGGGCGCGGUGAUGGCGUCAAAUCUGCGGAGCGAGGAGCACCGGCGUGUUCCCAGUGAAGACGUCUCCAUUUUGGUGGCUCUUCGACGAAAAACAGCCUCUGCGUGUCAAAAUCUAGGGCGAACGAGCCUCUAUCGUGGAUUUCGAGGCACAACAUGUCAAGCGUGUCAACAGCUGGACAGGAAUUCGCUCCACUCUCACCGUAGCUGACGUGUAAAAGGCUCAAUUUGUUGGGGGGAGGGCGUAAAACCCGUCCACCGCCUCGGAAACGACAUUGUAAAGCAGUGAGUUCUCGUGACUAAAGUCGGCGGGGAAGAUGCUCACCGUGCCGGCUGCUAGCUGAGUCGCUAACUCCAGGACGUGUAGGGAAGAAGAAAUGACAGAUGAUGUGGCGUCUUUCUGGGCUGAGUAAAGACAGCGUGGAGCUGUCGAGGACAACCGGUGGUCGUUAAAGCUCCGGUGACCGCCCAGUGUUGUUGGGGAUGUUUUGAUGCGCCACCUUCCUUCGCCACCUGUCUCCCCGGGACAUCAAACCUCGGCGACAUGUCAUCCCAGUAGGCUCUUUGUUCAAUUUACCCACUCCCACGCCCCAAAUCUCGCGUGGAAAUUGGGGAGGGGGGGGGGGGAGCCCAUAAGAGAGGAGGUGAACAAAGAUUGAGCCCGAACAGGAGCCGCCUAUAUGAAGAUGCUGAUGUGUGACCGCGGCGUCCAGAUGCUCGUGACGACGGUGGGCGCGUUCGCCGCCUUCAGCCUUAUGACCAUCGCCGUGGGGACCGACUACUGGCUGUACUCGCGUGGGGUCUGCCGCGUAAAGAGCAGCGGCGACAACGACACGAGCCGCAAGAACGAGGAGGUGAUGACGCACUCCGGCCUCUGGCGGACCUGCUGUCUGGAAGGAACCUUCCGAGGUGUGUGUAAGAAGAUUGAUCACUUUCCAGAGGAUGCUGACUAUGAGGCUGAUGCAGCUGAAUACCUUCUGCGUGCAGUGCGUGCCUCCAGUAUAUUUCCCAUCAUGAGUGUGGGUCUGCUGUUCUUGGGAGGACUCUGUGUAGCCGCCAGUGAGUUUUAUCGCAGCCGCCACAAUGUCAUCCUCAGCGCAGGAAUCUUCUUUGUGUCUGCAGGCCUCAGUAACAUAAUUGGAAUUAUUGUCUAUAUUUCGGCCAACUCGGGCGAUCCGGGACAAAGUGACAGCAAGAAGUCCUACUCCUACGGCUGGUCGUUCUACUUUGGCGCACUGUCCUUCAUAAUGGCCGAGAUGGUGGGAGUGCUAGCCGUGCACAUGUUCAUCGAGAAGCACCGCAAGCAGCGGGCCAAGUCCCGCACCGAGCUCAUCAAGAAGUCCGCCUUCAGCCGCAUCCCCUCCUAUCGUUACCGCUUCCGGCGCCGCUCCAGCGUCCGCUCGUCCGAGGUCCCCAGCCGUGAUGCUUCUCCGCUGGGAAAAGUUGGCUACACUGGUCCCGGCGCCUCUGAGAUGCCGAUGUAUACGCUGAACCCACGCGAGGCGGGCAACGCCGCCACCAAAUCUGGCCUAGCCGGGCUGCUCAACUCUGAGAGAGAUUUCCUCCAGAGUAGCACGCUCACUAAAGACUACACAAAGGACCCCAACCGCAGGACCACCCCUGUCUGAGAGGUGUUCCCUGUAGAUAUCAACCAAUCACAGUAGCAAAGAGGAGGAGGCUGAGAGAGGGAGUGCUCACUGAAGCAGGAAAGGGAGGCAUGGCGUAAAAGGGGAAUUGUGGGUACUGGGGUGUCCGAAAUACAUUGACUGUGAACUGUGAACUUUUAGCCUUUGAACUGUGAAUCCUGAGCCCAGUGAGCAUUUCAGUGUGUGUAGCACGAGCCGUUUGAAUGGAGAUUUUUUUUCCCCGUCUCCACUUAACCUCAUGUUUCUGUCGUUGGCACAUUCAUUCAUUCUGUUUAGGAUCAACUCGUAUUCAUGAUUUUUGGCCUUUUGGCUUUUUUUUACACGGGAUUUUCCCAUCGUGUGUGGUUUACUAUUUCGGCAGAUUCUCCUAAAAGAUGAAUGAAACGUGAACCGGAGAAAGGGGGCAGGGUAGGACCCCUGUCCUUCUUUGGUAGCAGAGCAGUAAUAUGAUUGCAGGAUUCUUUUUUCAGUUCAGCUGACUUACAAAUAUCAAUGACGGAUACAUUUGUAGGUGUAUAUGUACAGGUAUAUACUGUAUCCUCCUUUUGUAUCGCUUUAAUCAUGGACUGGCUUCUGUUUUGACAGACAGAUAAGACUACUGAAGAGGAAUCCAGUUCCUCCCAAAUGAGAAACUCCCGCUGGUCAGUUGUUUGCUUGUUGAGGGUGGGGUGUCAUCACCUCUAGAUGGUCAUUUUUAGAUCAUUGGUGCUUCCUUUUAUUUCUUUUUCUCUAUUUCUUCGCCGAAAAGAUUUGUCUGUUCAGUUUUCACCGACCACUUUUAAUCUGUGCUGCUCACGUCACCUCUUCAUCCUCACUACCUUUCGCCCUCUCUCUUCUACGCUAGUCUUCCAUUUGUGCCGCUGACCAACUAGCUGCAUCGAGGAACCAGUGAAAGAGAGGAGACCACUUAGCUGUGAAUACGGUUCUAGACAGAGCCAUAAAGACAUUAAACAGAGACGGAAAUGCUCGCCCACUACCUCCCGCUGAAUAUCGUUCAACAAUCUCAUCUAAACUCUCUCUUGUGCAUAGGCGGAAAGAAUUGGUAUGUUGGCACGCGAUGUAAAGCAGACCGGAGGGUAGUGCCGUGCAUUAUUCAGAAGGUUUGUGCUCCGUCCAUUGACGUGUCAGUCACAGCCUCCGCUUCUUCCUCAUGUCCCAUAUAUGUGCAUUGACUGUGUGCACGUGUACAAUUUAAACACACGACUUUUAUCUGUGACCUCCACAGAUGCGUUUUCAUACACGGGACACAUCACACCCAUACAUCUCCAUAUGUCUGCCUCUUAAAUAUACUCUAUGUGGCAUUCACAGGAUAAUAGAUCAUCACCGACACAUCUGUAUUAACAUUUCAGUUUCUGCUCAGCUUUUCCUAGCAUGAUUUGACGUGAUUUAUCGCAGAAAAACACUGUAGACAGAGUGCUGUACAAUUCAUUUUGGUACACCUGAAGGCAUUCGCAUGCAUGGACGUCGGUGGUCGAUAAUUUCAAAACAAACGCUCAAAAUAAGUGAAAAUAUUGAAAAACAUUUAGCUGUGGUAUUUUCCCAUCCACUCACAAUACGUGGUUUACGCUGUACGAAGCUUCAAUCUUUCGUGACCUGCAGGGUUGUGGUUGUAAAAGGCUUGAACUCUGUUGAUCUGGUCCAAUGAAAGAUUCAAAUAUACAGCAAGUUAUACCACUACCACAUAUUUUUAUCAAACCAGAAGGCAACACCUGAACACAUCCUGUAACAGGGAAGAGGGGGCUGUGAAUGAGACCGCAAAAUUGCAGCAUCAGAGCUGUAACAGUCGAUCCAGCAUUUGUCUGCCUUUGCCUUUUACGCCAAACACUGCGAAGCGGGAUAUUGCCGCAAUUGGGGGCGUUUUCACGCAGCGUCACAAGGACCCACAAUCAGAUAAUUACAUGCGUGACACCGUACGCAUCUUAUGUACAUGUAAAAUACGGUACUGCUCAGAGAGACAGUUGCUUUCAAAAUAGCGGGACAGGUAUAUGAGGACAUUUCUACAUUUCCCUUCACACGGGAGCCACCAUGCCCCUGUUAAGGCAAGAUGUUUGAGCAUUUAUUCAAUAUCCUACUAGUGUGCUGAAUUGUUCAUGCUAUAGUACUCUCUUUUUUACCAAUUACCAAUUCAGCUUUUUGUCAGAUGACUUGUCAGUGAUGUUUUUUACACUAAUGCCUUCCACUACUGUAUGACAUCUCUGGACAAUAGUAAAAAGACUAGAGCAUGCUACUAGAACAACUACAUGUUACUAGUAAGGCAAAACUCUGCCCAGGCCAACAACUGUGUGCUACUAGUACUAUUACUUACAAAACAUGCAACAUUAAUUGGACACUCUAAAUUGCCCCAAGGUGUGACUGUGAGUGUAGCUGUUUGUCUCUAUGUGCCCUGCCAUUGGCUGGCAACCAGUUCAGGGUAUGCCCCACCUCCUGUCCAUUGACAGCUGGGAUAGGCUCCAGCACUCCCCGCGACCCUCGUGAAGAUAAGCGGCAAAAGAAAAUGGAUGGAUGGAUGGAUGGAUAGAUACAUAACAUCUAGCAUUCCUCAAGUUGCACAAGUAGCACACAGAUGUCAGCAAGUACACAGUUUUUCCUCACCAGUAGGGUAGUUGUUCUACUAGUGCACCCUACUUGCUCUAGCGCACUUGAGUCAUUCAGUGAGCAACACGGCUGAAACCAACUGAACUGUCUAUCACGCGCAUGUGGAGUCUACCGCUGGUUUUUAUGAGUGGCCGAGAGUAGACCACCUGCUUUGCUGUGAUUCAAAAUGUGAAGCGGCGGUGCGUGAUGUUGCCACGUGGCAGAUGUGACAGCCAUUCGAAAAUGUACAUGGAAGUUCACGCAGACAAAAAAAAAAACAUGUUUCUCGGUUUUAAACGGGAGACCCAGCCAACCGCUGUGGCCCUGCCAAGCUGUAUAAGUACAGAAUAUACAGUAUGUAUUCAGUACAUUGUGUUUAACAGUUUCACUGUGGUUUUCAGUGUAUUGUGUUGUACAGUAAUGAGUAUAAUUGUCUUUUUGGCUGGAAAGAAAAUCAUGGCACCGCUGUCAUCAAAAUCCACACGUGCAGUCAAUGGAUUGGGAACAUAAUCACUGCCAACAGUCUUUCAAAAUAUUCACAUUCGUAUUAUUCUUGCCUGGUUCCUCUUCUUGGUGGCCAUCUGUUUCUUACUUGACAAUCGCGCAAUUUUUUUCGAGGGGUUGAAUAAAAGAAAAUAAUAAUGUCAUACAGUAGGAGUCACGGUGGAGGAAUUGGUUAGAGCGUUGCCCUCACAGUUCUGAGGUCCCGGCUUCAAUCCCAGACCCGCCUGUGUGGGGUUCGUAUAUUCUCCCGGUGCCUGUGUAUGUUUUCUCCAGGCACUCCAGUUUCCUCCCACAUCCCAAAACAUGUAACAUCAAUUGGACACUCUAAAUUGCCCCUAGGUGUGAUUGUGAGUGCGACUGUUGUCUGCCUUUAUGUGCCCUGCAAUUGGCUGACAACCAGUUCAGGGUAUACCCUGCCUUCUGCCCAAUGACAGCUAGGAUAGGCUCUGGCACUCCUGCAACUGCUUUUCGAAAAUGAAAUGAUGGAUGUCAUACAGUAUAUUUAAUGUGGAGUCUCAAAAGCAGAUAUAGGGUUUCAGUUUUUCCGCCGCACCUUGAUAGUAGUUGUGCGGUACUUAAUCACUUGGUGACUGACGAAAAGUCACCAAUGAUUGUUUUCUUGCAAUGGUCCACUUAGUGUCAUUUUGCCACAUUAUACUGUGUGCGACAGGCCUUAGUUGUUCUUCUAAUGAAAUGGAUUGUCCUACUAAUGAGGACAAAGAGCAUACUUGUACAUCGACAAUUCAAUGUAUUAGUGGGAUACUGAAUAACUGCUCAAAUGGUUUUCUCUUGAAACGCCAACUCUAACGGCAGAUUAUUCCUGGAAUGCCUUUUGGCCCCACUUUGUGUUUUUGCCAUUGAUACAGAAAAUCAAAAGAUGUUUGUAUUGAAGGGCGUACAUCCAUAAAGUGAACUGGGUUUUAGUUAGAAUCUGGGUAUCUUAUAGAAUGGCUACAAACUAAAAAUUCUAGAAGUAACGACAGUAUGAAAUUCUUAUUUUUUGCAUCCUUCUUUACUUCCCUUAAUCAGAAUUGCACUUUUUUAUAAGAACAAAACUUUUGAAAAACCCAAGAAGUUUUGCCAGAUGAUGACUUGGACAGCUAAUUACCUUGAUGUGAAAAGAUGUUGCAGCACUCCCCCUAAAGAGCAUUUUAGUAUGUCCUUGUGCCGGCUAUCCUUCACAUGUAAAUAUUAAUUUUACAACAUCAGCAGUUGUCAUGGACUGUGAAAGGGAAAAUGUGCUGUUCUCUUAAGCAAGGGCUUUUAAUUUUUCACGAAGCGGCGCGCACAAGGGCUUUCUAUGCUCGGAGUUGCACCAACAUUGUUCGAAGGGUGUUAAAUGGAUGGGAUGGAUGUGCGAACGCGGGAAGACAAGGGAAAGUACAUUUGCACGGGAACAAGCGUUUAAAAACAGGCUUGAAUAGCUAACAAGCAACAUGGUGUCUGAGUAGAGUCCCAGAAAAGAGUGUACUUACCAGGCCACAUUCGCUACAACUGAGCCUUGACAAGAUCUUUUCCUCUAUCUUUAGAGUAGGCAACUUUUCAAAGUAGUUAGAGUCAAAGGAUUAAACCUUACGCCAUGUAGGAUAGCAAUGUACCUGAUUGAAAAAAAAAAUGUUGUUUAUCAUACCUGGUGCCAAAUAUUAUUGAAAAUAGUCUCUCCAGUCGGCUUAUCAUUCAGACGUAGCUGUGGUAGCAGUGUAGCUGGUCAUCAGGGCCCCCUCACAUCCCCGCGGGGGUCCGUCAGGGGUCAUUCAUGAGCCAUGUCAAGACCGAUAACUCAAACAAUGCAUAUGCCUCAUUUUCAUUUGUUUCCAGCGCUUCCAUCGCUCGCCAGUACGCCUCCAAUUGCACCCGGAAUGCCACACUGCUCCUUGUAAGACAGUUUAUCGGGUGCCCCCCGAGGCCUGCCAUCUCCCUUGUACCGUCACACAGCUUUGACUAGAUAUAAACAAAUAACUGUGUUAUUAAGUAAUGCUACAGUAUAUAUUCUAUUCUAAAGGUGCCACUGUGUGGAGGACGACAACCUCUGUCACAUAUUUAUUAUUCUAUUGGUGGUUCGGGGCACUGGGUGUGACUGAUGGGUCAGAUUUGGGGAUCUAGGGUGGUUGUCUGUGUAUAUUAAUCGAGUUUGAUUUUCUCCUUUAAUGCUGACUGAUUCACAUGUGCAGCCUCUGAUAGAGGCUAACUGAUUUAAAAGUCGGAGAGAGCCUCUCUCUCUCUCCCACUAUUAUAUUUCUUCGUCAGUGAGACGAUCAACACAAUACACACUUAACAACAACAACACUUUAAAUGGGUUACUAUACUUUCGAGGACUUACUGAUCAUUUCUGUCCACCACAAAAGCUUGAUGAAAGUCGAUAUGAUAAAUAAUGUAAUUACGCCAAUAGAAUCGUCUGGAAAGAUAUGCCUCAACAUGACCAAAAAUACUGUAUUUGCUCCUAUAGUUGCUGGGAGAAUUUAUUUACUUAACUGCAGAGAGAGUGUCCAUUCGUGCGAGGGGUUUAAUUGUGUAUUUUUCAUAAUUGAUUACUGUUACUCAACUAAAGUUAAAAAUUGCAGUGUAACGGAAAAACAAUCACUUUGAACUCCGCUGUAAACUUCAACUUUACAGUUGCCAUAUCGAUCCGUCACAUGGGUUCAUGUGUUGUCUGUAGUACGGUUACAGCAACCGCUGAAGGGGAAAAAUUGCGUAUCGCUCUUAUUUAGUAAAAGUAUGAUGCACCAAUAAUGAAUCACUAUAACCACAGAGGGUGCUAUUUAAUGAAAUACAGUACAGAAAUACAAAAUCCUUUUUAUGUCAAAAAUGUUUACACUUCCCAAACAACAUUGUACCACAUACUUUUCCUCUAUUGUCCUCGUAAGUAUAGCAAUGCAAAUGUACGACACACAACUAACACCGGUUAAUGGGUAAAAUACACCAACCACAACAUCAGUGAUGAAAAAAAAACCAAUGAAUUCAUGAGAUGAUUUUUGUUCGGUGACAAUUUUAAAAAGUAACAUGAGCCAGUUUAUCAAACACAGUCGAGCAUUUUGUUCUGAGGAAAUGCUGACAAAUAUGCUACGAACUCUAUCUACACUUUGCUAUUACAAACACACUCAAAUACUCGUGAGGAGAAUUCAUGUGCCUGCAUGUGUGUGCGUGCGUGUGUUCAUAUCGACAAGCGUGUGUGUGUGUAUGUGUGUGCAGCUCGCCUCUCCUCACUUGUACACGGAGUGCCUGCCUUGUCCUGCCUUCACACAGCUCCCAGAUCAGCCGCGGGGCUUUUUUUCGGUGUGACGUCCUCCAGCUAAUUUACGCUUAGUUUUCCUAGAAACAACAUUGAUAGUCAAUUCUGAUAUCUAGUGAGUAUGUUGUCGAAUGUCUGAAUGUUGUGUUUCUGAUUUGCUAAAUGUACUCCUCACAUGUACCCUGUCGUUUGAGGUUGAUUCGGGACUGGCAGAGGGGUGUUUAUCAGAGGGGGAAACAAUCUGUGGUUACCCUAAUGACCGCCGGCCUUGAAUCAACACACAUUACAACCAUGUGACUGUUGCUUCUCAUUCUUUAUCUUUCCCAAGAAUGAUUGUGUUUAUGUGUGUGCAUGUGUUUGUGUGUGUGGCGCAUGAGGUAGAGAAGCCACCUCCUGGUUUGCUCCCCAUCCAGACUCUGAAGUCCUGCUUACUCCCGAUGACCACAAUUACGGUUGUAUAGAAGCAUUUUUUAACAUUUGUACUACCAAUUCAGAUUAAAGUUAUGUUAACGUUGAAAGAUGCAGAGAUGCAAUCUCCACAAAAAGAAUUCAUCGUGAAGCCAUUUCGAAAUUUUUGUUGCCUUUUUAGUGUCAUGACUUUCAUUCGGCGUCUAUUCUUUCGACAAGGGAGCAAUUACAAUGUGUUUUUACGACGGUUUUGCCUCAAGCCGCGUGCUCGCUGUCGUUUACACGCAGAACAUUUCUGUGGCUCUUUACGCUUGACCGACCGAGGAUGAAAGACUCAAAAUUACAAGGGUGUGUUACCAAACUUCGACCAUCAGGUGCGUUCAAGUGGCAUCUUGGAUAAAUUGUUGACAUUGUAGCAAAUGACACGUUGAUGGAUCCUCUGCCUCAACCAAGUUGUUGGCUUUAAAUAAUAGUCGGCCAAGAAUCGGAUCAGAUUUCCGGAUAUGUUUUUGAACAUAUUCCUUCAGACUGUUACUUAACAAAGCCAUCCCCUCAAAAGGUUAUGACGUCAUCGAAAAUGCAAUGACAAACAGCGUAACCAAUAAAACCUUUUAUGGGGUAAGAAAUAUAUACACAUAUUUGAUUAUUAUUGUUACCUGGACUAACAUGCAUUUAUUUAAGGGGGCUGGUGUGCGUUGUAUUUAUGUGGUGAGGUCAAAGUGACAUGCUGAAGAGCAAUUGCGCUGCACAGAAGUGCUUCAAAAGGACAAUAACAAAAAAAAAAAUUAUGAAGCCUAAGGUGAACCUGAUGCAGUGUGUGCUCUGAUAACUUGAAAUUGUGGUCGGGGGCAAACAUUGACCCUGCUCUAUACCUCUGAGCCCUAUCACGAGCUAAACACACAUGCACACACACGCACACACACACACACGCGUAUAUAGUAUUUGUAUUUCAAUAUCCCAGGCAAACUGACUGUAUUCCCCUCACAGCUUAACACACAGACAAACCUGUUCUCACCAGAAUUUAGUAGGAUUUUGUCCGAAGUGCACUCCACCAACUUUUUGUUUGUAUGGAAAAAAAAAUCCUCAUGAAUUAUAUAAUAAUAUUUUAAUAAUUAUUGCUGAAAUAAUAAUAAUGGAAAAAUAUGCUUGUCAUAUUUCCUAAUACUUGUCCGAUAAUAAAGUGAUAAAACCUUUUUAUUUGAUUUCUUACUACAUUCUGUGGAGGACAGGUUGCACAGACAUAGCUGUCGGCCUCAAUCUCUGUACACUUUAUAACGUAAACCUCCAACUAGCAGCCGUCUGACACGGACAAAUGCUGUGAAUAAAAGCACACUUUUACUUAUAUUAUAUAUUUACCUGUAUCUAGAGAGAAAGAAAUAUUAUAUACAGUAUGAUGAAUAGAAAAAUAA